AUGGAUCAAGAGCAUCUCGUCGACGACGACGGUCUUCCCUAUUCGGGAGAGGACAUUCUCUCUUGUACGAGUGACGAUGAUCCCUACGGCGCGGAGGAACUAGACACACUCCGCUCGAUCAAACACAGCAGGGAAAUCGAGCUCUCCAUCACUGCAAACUACACCACCGACUGGAAGCCUCGCGAGACGCGAUCAUCAAAUCGCCGGAAUACGGAAAUCGUAUACAAAGUCUUCAAGUUCGGUGUGGAGCCCAAGUUAUGUUGUGGCUACAUCCGCUUCAAAGCCCGCGAUGGGAUGGGAACGAUCGAAAUCACCAACAGAAGAGCCACCCUCCAACCGUGUCAUCUAAACCUCGGAGGCUCGUCCAAGGUCGAGGACAAGACUCAAGCAGGCGAACAUGGCGACGGGCUCAAGGUCGCUCUCAUCGUCAUGACGCGCAGUCCUCAGAACUAUCGGAUCCGAUGCCAGUCGGGCGGUUUCAGCUGGAACUUUAAUUUCACCAAGAAACGGAACAUGGUUGCUCGGCUGACGAGAAUGACACCCAAGAAAAUCGAGGACGUCACGCGUCACGCCGCACAGCAGGUCUCAAACUCUCUCCUCCCUCUUGCCGCUGACCCCAAACGGGACGUUCAAUUCGUCAUUGGAGAGCGCUCGAGGAGGAGAAACGAAAAAGGGAAACUAAGAGAUUGCGCCCAAGUCAGCCGAGAGGACUUUGACAAAUGGACAAUGGCGGCCUUGUUUCUACACGACAUUCCCUCGGGAAACCUUGUGGUGAGUAAGAAGGACGAGAUCCAAAUUGGCCAUCUGGUAUUGGACCCAAGGUUUCGCGGCAACAUUUACCUGAAGGGCUUACUCCUUCAGGAGUCGACCCCGGACCAAUCGGCGAGCAUGUCUGGUAAAGAGUUGAAAUUUGGCUACAACUUCGUCUCUGGACGAACGAAUAGGGACAGACAGGUUAUGUCCAGUGCUCGUGAAGAGUCCCAAGCUAUGCUCCAUAUUUGGCAAGGAAUUCCGAAUGCACACAACCUGAUCGAGGAGUUGAAUAGCAUGCUAAAUUCUCCUGAUAUUGAAUACGCCGACGUCACCGCUGCUAAAAACUAUAUGAACCUUGAGACCGCCGGACGCCUGAAGGCCUACCUCUUUAGCGAAAAGUUCAACGGGAAAUGGUAUUACUGCAGUGAGGAAAAGGCUCAGAAUCCAAGGUUCGACGACAUAAUUAGGAAACUGGGCCGUGAGAGCUCUGAACUUAAGAAGCCGUAUUGGUCUAUCCUGAGGAGGCACAACUUAAUAUGGACUGCGGAAGAGGAAGAGAAGCGUCGCUUCUUAGAGGCCAAGCCAGCCAAAAUCCCACAGACUAGCUUUGCUAGAUGCGUCGAGCGCCUUUUCCGGUCCUGUAUCCAGGCUUGCCCACACUUGGACGGGAUCUCAGUCCAGUUCGUGCAAGCCGGACCCCUUGAUCUUCAACUCUUCUACUCGAAAAAACCCGACCACAAGUUCAAAGUCCAUGAAAGGUGGCUUUCCCAAGAGGCCGCCAUCCAGAGUUUGGGCUUGCUUGCCGUCAUCGCCGACUACGACGUGGUCUUGCACACGGUUAAGACACUAUUCAGUGACGGGCUAGACCAAGUGCUCAGCCAGGAACUCAAAAGAAGCCCGGAUCUUCAAAGAGCUUGGGGAAAGAGGCAUGAGAUAUGCAGAAACAUGGAGCAGCGACUUCUCAAUUUCUUGCGAAUGGAUAAGAUUAGGGUGGAGACCACGAGCCCUGGUUCUCUCGAGGUGUUGUGGCCCAGUGUUCAAGGAUGGCCAGACGACACCCCCAUCACCGUCCAAGUCCACAGUACCGAUCACCAUCACUGUGCAGAGCUAAAGGAGCAUCUCCUAGCCGAUGACGGCACAUCAGGGACAGGCUCGGGCAUCCAGCCUUGCCGGGUCGCGACCGUACCAAUCGGUCGAGUUUCUCACCGUGAGGACAACCUAGAAGGGGGCCAAGAGUACUUCAUCAUUAUCAACUCUGCGUCUGAUCCGCUGUCUUUCAACAUUGUCUCCGAAGAUUGUUAUAUUGAGACUCCCGAGCCUCGAAAUUCCAGGCCCUCUAGUUCCGCCAGGCCUGAAGACGAUGGAGAUGGCUCUGCAUAUUUGAACGGAGAGGAACUGCGGCCAGACGCGAGCCUAGGCUCUAAGGAUGCCACUGACAUUGACAUGGACAUGUCCGUUGACGAGCCUACUCCGCCUCCGGCUCCAUUUUCAGAUCCGCCCAUACCAGAGUUAGUCGGGCGAAAUACCACGGACCCCCCGAGAGCGGCGUCCCAACGAACACUCUGGCCCUGGGAACGCCAGAGUCAACUCGAUACUGAUGAACUAUUCUCCGUCGGAGCAAAGCUCACGAGCCUAAAUAUUUUGGCAAUGGACCAAGACCGCUGGUUCGAGGCUACGAAUGGUAACCAGGUUAAAGCCGUCAUCGGGUUUCCAAAGGAGCAGCCUCUUCCAGAAUGCCAGAGAAAGCGCCGGAGAACGGACAACGGGGAUGAUGUGGAUUUGUAG